UGUAUAAAUGUUUCUUUUACUUUAGUAUAUAAUUGUGAAAUGAAAAUAAAGGUGCAACCAUGGCUGAUAAAGAUGAAAACACAGAAGCAUCCACAGAAAUAUUGUCAUCCACUGAAGAUGGAAAUUUAGUUGUUGCAACAUCAACAAGUCUCAAUGUGGCCGCUCUUUCAAACAGUAUCAUUACGCAACUUUCAGAUAUGCCAGAUAGCAUUAUCACCUCACUGUCAACCAAUGGUAAUAUCAUGACAUCACAAGGACCAAUAAUCAUCACCAACGAAGGAAUUGUUUUCCCUCCAGGAAGCCUUAUCAUGCGAAAUGAGGAUAAUGAUAAUUUGGAUGAAAGUUCUCCCUUGGAAGAAAGCUUGAACGACGACGGUGCAAACGACAACAACGAGUUUGACAUUAAAGUUGAAAGUAAUGCUUUGAAGCAAAACCAGAUAACCUCGUUUAAGGUUGAAAACAACACAGCGGACAGCGCAAACUCGAAUUUUACUAUUAACCAGAGCGUUCUGCAGAAUAUACAAGAUUCCGAACCGGAUUUGCAGCACAUGCCUUUUAGUAACAGUGAGCACGUCACUCAGUUUCACAUUCAGAUGCCGCUGUCCAUGAGCGAUAUUCAGAAUUUGCAUAAAAUUAACCGUAACGUGUUUAUGAGCCAGGCUGCUUUGCCAGAAGACGUAAAAGUGUUGGACAGUGAAAACAUCAUCGAACGUGAUACGAAGCAUAAUUUUUUGACGACAACGGCGAACGCCGACAACAAGACUAUGAUAAGCAACGACGACGCCAAACAAUAUUUAACAUCCGACGCUAAUUUCUCUACUGAUGAAUCUGGAAAUAUAUACAUAAAACACGAAGCUAGCAAUACUACUGAGAAUGUCGAUUCUAGUUCGGUUAAAUCUGAAACUAUUUUAGCAACUCCCAACCAAUCAGCCACCAGUGCUUAUCAACCAAUUGUUUAUGUUCAAGUUGGAAGUGAUAAUCGAGCACAAUUGUUACCGAUCGCUUCGUCAAAUGGCAUUGCUGAUCACGUCAGUUCUGUGUUAGAAUCUACAAAAACUAACGCUAAACACGAACAAAAGAAAAAAAGAAAAGCGAAAAAGCCGCGUGCUCCUCCAAAGCUCGUCAAUGUUCUCCCGAAGGAGGUAAAGAAUGCGGAAAAGACACCAGCACUGAGAACUUUAGCUCCUCGAUUGCUUUCUUAUCCCCUGUAUGCGGGUGCACAGGCCGGGAUUGGUGUCGGUAAGACUCUUCUUCGACCAUAUAACAUCGCUACCAUGCAGUACAUAGAAGGCGGACAGUACUUUGAAGUGCUGGGUAGGUGCACGCAAUGUUUCCGAUUCAGUCGAACAACCUCGUAUUGCCGCGCCGAAAAAAACCACCGAGACCCGAAAUCUUCCGUGUGUAUGGAAUGCGAAUACGCUGGUUUAAGUACGGUCGUUUGUCGAAGGAAAUUGAACCAUUCAGCACCGAAUGCACAACCGUUGAAUAUUGUUAUAAACACAGCGUUGCAAAAUCCCGACCAUGUAAAGCAGUUAUGCUCGCGUAAUUAUCUCCCGGCGUGUUUCGGGGAGCUUCAUAGUAUUGUAAUACACCACGCUGACAUAACUUUCGUGGCACAGCGACACAAAGUGGAUGAUCAAAACUCCGAAAUGCUUCCCACUGUUCCAUUAACUAGGAAACCUACAGAUUACGCAAGAGGCUAUUUAUAUCCAUAUAGCAAAGAAAAAUGGGACUUGUGGCUAACAAAGUUUUGCCAUCAAACUGGUACUAAUUACCGAAUACGCACAGGUAAGCGAGUCAAUAAAAAGACUGAUCAUGGACUGGCGAAUCAUAAUGGCAAAAUAACGUCUUAUAGAACUUUAGAAACACAACUGUAUAAUUGUGCGCUUGGUGGGAAGCCUAGAAAACGUAAGCUGAAAGAUGGCAUAAGAAAACGCAAGGAGAGAGGUUCAAAACUCAUCGGUUGCCCAGCUGUGAUUCACACGCGCUUGUUAGAGACUGAGUACGAAUGGUGCGCGUUAGAAAUUACCGUCCCAAAGGUUCUAGCUCACUUGUCGUGUCACGACCCGCGCGGUAAUAUCAACAAUGACGUCAUCGAUUACGACGAUUUACUACUGUCUCAAAUUAACCCGACACAAAUACAGCAACCAAACCAAGACGUUAGUAACCAGCAGCAACAGCGGUUCGACUUUGUUCAAGUUGUCAGUGAAGAAUCGGCUGAAACGAAGAAGAAAAAUGAGUCGCCCAACGAAAUUAAGCGAAAUACAAGGAACAUUUUAGUCACAUGUGCGAGCUUGCUUGAUACAAUCGACAAUACGGAAGUUUUAUCCAGUCUCCAAGAGAAUGCUCAAGACAUACUGAAUAAACUCAUUAAAGAAGCAGCAACGGUAGCGAAUAAACAACCGGUGCCAAAACCAGCCAAAAGAAGAAAAGGUGAUGUCGAAAUUGAGGAAGAAAGCGUCAACGAAAUCGAAAUUGAGCAGGUGGCCUCAUCUACGUAUGAUCAAAUGAAUAUUAAUUUAUUGACAAAUGUGACAUAAGUGUCACCAGCGUAAUUUAUUUUAGCCUAAAGAGAUCCAAAAGUUCUUCAUGUUCAACCUGUUCUAUUGUCAAACAAAUUGUUGAUUAGCAUCAGAAACUUUGAUAGUAGAAGGGUGAUGACCUAUACGUUUUAGGAAGCGUUAUGAAAGCGUUAUGUUAAAAUUGAGAUUACAUUUAGGAACUUUGUUGCUUGUUAAAUGAGCGAGAUUUGAACCUCUGUUUCUUGGCCCCAAUUGCUGAAACCCUAGGCUGAAGCAACUUGACUGCUUAGAGAAAACGUGGACGAUAGGUGGAAUUACGUGCACAUUGUGCAACCACUUCUUUAGAAGCAGUGUAUUUCUUCGUCAGAAAUAUUAUGUUGUGCCCAUGA